AUGGUUUCUCUCAAUCCAGAAGCACCUGAAUUUUUUCCCACUCAUACCUUCAAGCUUCAGCAAAAAGAAGAACCUUUUUCAUGCCCCAAUUUCAUCACUUCCACAUUCACUCCUCACAGCCACUACUACUAUGUUGUUUCUUCAUUUCCCUCGCGUGAACUUCACCCCCAUUACGUUUAUUACCCCGCCACAACUUUUUCACCACCUUCCAUAUCCACCCCUUUGGCGGCGCCACAAUCUGAACCACCCCGUAUUCAUAGAACAGAAAAAGAACCUGGUCCAGUGGAUUCCCAUGAAGUGAACCAGAAGAAGGAUGAAGUGGUUGUGGCUGAAGAUGUAAAGUGCGGCGCAAAAGGGCUGGUGCAGAAGCAAGUGUUUAAAGCUUUCAUAAGUUACGGAACAAUGAAUGAUCAACGUUCUGAAGGUACGAGGAUGAUGAAGGCUUAUGUGCCGAGAAGGAAGGGAGAAGAAAAGGGUCAACGCAGAAGCUUUGACUUUUCUAAGAGCGGAAAGGUUACGAGGCACCCAGAUGAACAGGAUUGUUGGAGGGGUUAUACUAAGAAGAAACGUUGUUUUCCUCUGUUGCCUGUUAGGGUGGACAAGAACGAAACCACUGUCAUGAUCAGAAAUAUUCCUAGCAAAUACACCCGAGAUAUGCUGGUGGAGUUUCUGGACAGUCACUGCAUGAAAGUGAAUCUGAGAGACAAAGAGAAAGACGAAGAGUCUUGUUGUUUAGCUUUUGAUUUUGUUUAUUUGCCAAUUGAUUUCAAAACUGGGAUGAACAAGGGUUAUGCUUUUGUGAACUUCACCAAACCCCAGGCAGCAUGGAAGUUUCUUUUGACAGCUUCCAACAUGAAAUGGGACUUGUUCCAGUCCCACAAGAUACGUGAAGUUGUUUCUGCACGGUUGCAGGGGAAGGAGAGGUUGGAGAAGCACUUUGAAACUAUGAACUUUCCAAGCGAGUCCGAGGAUGUUCUGCCAGUGUGUUUUAACCCGCCACGCGAUGGAGUUAUAAAGGGAAAGCAAAUAACAUGUGGGAAGCUGCGGAAGCAUGAACAAUUCGUUGCUGCGAAAGUUAAAAUUCUUGGUGUUAGUUUUUGUGAUAUCUCAUGUUUGGGGUUUAGUCAGCGCCUGGAGACAUGUAUGAAGUCAAAGGACACAACAAACGUUGUCUUGUCUGGGGUCAGUGUUAAGUUCUGCAUGGUUGAUUUGCUUUUGAGAUUGUGCUCGCUGGGUCAAAAGAUUUUAACCCGUUUUGAAGCAAUUAGAAUUGAUGGGUCUGUCAAGAGAGGUGUUUUGUGCUCUUUUGAAGUGGUUAAAAAUGGUGAAGAUUGGGGGGUUUAA